AAGUUAAAUUUAAUUUUAUGUCGCUUGAUGUUUUAUAUUACUAAUGCUAUUUAUGUUGUGAACCAAGAAUGUUGUUGUAUAUUGUUGUUAUAUGUUGUUGCAUGUUAUUUGUUGAUUAUGUUGUUUGUUAAUUAUGCCAUUGAUUAUUUGCUUGUUCGUUUAUUUGUUUGUUCGUUCGAUUAUUCGUUCGUUCGACCAUGAGAAUGCCUAUUCGACGUGGUAACUCUGUAAAUUGAUGACAGAGGGAAUAGGGGGAUCUCAAC